CCCUCGCAGAUGUCGCUGUGAACGAGCUUUACAUGCAUAAUUAUUUUGUGUAGAAAAGCAACGAAUCACAGAUAAUUCUUUGGUCGACACGUCAGACAGUUGUGCCAUGUUUCAAUGUGUGAUAUCAAGGAUUGUGACUCAAAGAUGUGCGAAUUUCCAACAUGGAAUAUGCCGGAGAACAUUUCAAGGGGAUAAAAUGAUAAGAAAAUUAUUCCAACAGUGUGAACAGACCUCACAAUCACAUCGAGGAAUUCACAGAUCUGCCAUAAUGUUAGUUGCCAUGACUCGUAGGCACAAACCGGCAGUUUCAAAGAGACUGUUAUCAAAAUCGCUUACUGUUGAAUCUUCCAUUGCAAACAGAUUAAUAGAAAAAUGGAUCUAUGAAGUUGACCCUUUUGGGAAACUUGACAUUAACGUCCCUUUUGAUGUUGAAAUCUCAACUCUAAAUCCGCAGGAAUAUCCAGAAAUGAACAAGGCAUUAAUAACUGUACUCACCAAGGAGGAUGGUCAGAAUGACAAAGCCAGAUCGUUUGCAGAUAUUUACAACUUAAAGAUAGAUUUGUGUAGUGAUAGGAAGAACUUGACAGUGACGACCGACAUGGCAGACGGAAUAGUCCUACCUGUGACAUGCAGCAUUAAACUACCGCUCAAGUUUGAUGUGAGAGUGAGGAACAACCAGCCUUGUGAUGUUUCCAUCAAGAAAACGGAGUGUGAUGAUAUUGAUGUAGUGCUGACAAGGGGAGACUGUCUUUUAAAGAAUAUAAAGAGUGGCAAGGUGGCUGUGGAAUGUGGCAAUGGAAGCAUCACAAGUGACUCUCUGCUACAGGGCAACAUCAGACUCAAAGCCGCAGGGAAAGGGUGUAUCAAGGGGAAGCGCUUCCAGGGUUCUACAGUAGAGUGUAUCACGGAGGCGGGGGAUUUACAUAUAGACGCCAUCUAUGCUGAUAAGAGUCACUUCUACAGUUGCCAUGGUGAUAUUCGUCUUGGUUCUUGCCAUGGAAGUACGGAUGUUACAAUUGACACUGGGAACCUCACUGUAGAUACUUUAAAUGGAGAUUUGACUGCUGCAAUUGAUGAUGGCAAUAUUGAUGUCUUCAUCGAGCGCCACGACAAAGUAGAUCUCUCUUGUGGAGCAGGUGACAUCAUUCUCAAAUGCAGAAAAGACCUAAAAUCCAACAUGACAGUCAUAGCUGAUUCAGUGGCUGUUGACGAUGACAUCAAGUUUGACCACAAAACAUCGUCUCACGAAGGACAAUCCAAACAUGAAGGUUUUCUCACCAGUCAAGGGUCAGGGAAGAUACAUGCACACACAAGGAAGGGAGCAGUCAAGGUCACUUGCCACAGCUGGUUAUCUUCCCUUGGUUUGAAAUUUGAUUGAUCCACGUCUGCUAUAACUAGAAUAUCACUACUGACAAUAAAUGGCACAAACGACAA